CAAAACAAAAGCAAGGCAGAGCAAAAAAAUGUCGUUCGGAACCACAAGCACAAUUUCCUCACUAAACGGCUGCGUAUCCUCCCUCCAAAACUCAAUCCGGCUCCUAGACUCUUCGAUAUCAAUCCUGGACUCGGGAGUCCACGAUUUCCCACGCAUCAAGAAAGUCCUACAAUGUACUCGGCACUUUGAACUUAUCUCCGAGCCAACACUGUACGCCGCACAGACCGCCCUCGCUGACGAGAUUGGGCCGGAGGUUGAGCAUUUGCUUCGCCGGGUGGAACAGCAUUUGGCCAAGAUGGAGAGGAGGGAGAAGGCGCUUAUUGCGAAGUCGGAGUUGCAGGAGGGGAGGCUGCAGCAAAAGCCUUCGCUCUAUACCACAGCUUCUUCAAGGCAGAGAAGUGGACUUGGCGGGAAUGUUCAGAAUAUAGAGAAGCUGAGGAUAUUGAAGGGGAAGAAGGAAAGGUUGGCUCAUACAAUUGAGAGGUUAUCAUUACAGGCAGGUCACAAGGAAAGGCAAUUGAGGAUGACCAUGAACUACGGAGCAUCAUAAUGGAGUUUGGUGGUGUCGGUCGGUUUCUCGCACACGCAUCACUGGUGAAUUGGCGUUAUUGCGGCCUUAGAAUUAUUGUUGGAAUCUAGUCACAAAUAUUCGGGAACACUAUGCUUUCCAGUAACUUA